AUGUCCGCACAAUGUGACGGCGGCGGGGGUAGUGAUGGCGGAGGUAGUGUUAGUGACGGUGGUGUGGGCGGCAGGGGGGCGGUGAUGGGGACGACGAUGGUGCUGAAUGUAAAAGAAGAAAUCGGAUCAAUAUUAAAGACGCGGAAUGGUUACACGAGCUGGCUGGCUUUGCAUAAUACCUGUUUUGAGAGCUUGACGUUCCACAACCCGGUUAUUGAUCUUGAUGUUAAUGACCUGACACUUCUAGCAAAGAAUUGCAGUCAAUCUUUGAAAUGUGUGAUCAUAACCAGCAAAUUCCGUCUAGUGGAUCUUAAAGAUUUCUGUAACUCUGCUGUUAUGUUACAAGAAUUAUUUUAUGGUGGUGACCAUUGGGCCAAAAAGGAGGACUACUACGUACGCUGGUGUCCUAAUUUACAAUUUCUGUAUGUUAGUGGUGUUUAUGGGAACAACGGAUUGCAACUAGCUUAUUGCCCGGAUUUGCAAGCGAUUUAUGAAAAGGAUGUGUCAGACAAGGGUCGCAUUAUACUGGCGCAAGGAUGUCUUCAACUCGAAAAAAUAAGUAUCAAACUCAAAGAUAUCUCAGAAGACGCACUGCGGUGUGUAGGAGCUCAUUUAAAGAACCUGAGAUGGUUCCAUAUGACUUCACUUGACAAGACAAAAAAAAGUCUUAUUCCAGCGGAAGGGAUCCGAGCUCUACUAAUUGGUUGCACCAAACUUGAAAAGCUAUGUAUUAACCUUGCUCACAGCCGUCGUUUGACCCCUGAGGGUAUGGGAUAUAUCGGGGAAUAUGGUCAUCAUGAGUUAAGACGUCUCUCUCUUUACUUUUCAGACUUAACCGAACUUAAGAUAUUAUCGACAAAAUUACGCGUGUUGAGAAUAGAGGAGUCCAAGUUUAGCAAGGAAGAAGAUUUGAGUUUUGUGUUUAAUAGUAUAACUACACUAAGGUACAUAUACGUUUGGGAUGAGGAAAAUGGGGAGUAUUUGUCAUCGACUCGUCCAGAUUUUGAGCAAAUACAAGCACUUCUCUAA